GGUGUGUUAGCAGAGACUGUCGGGCUCGUGUUGAUGCGGAGAGACCGAGCCGAGACGGAUCCGACCGAGAGGAGACACGGGGUCAUCGGCGGAAAGGGAGGACACCAGCGAGCCGCAGCGUCCACAGUCGCCUUCCCCCCGGUGGCCCUCGCGUCUCUGUUCCAGGUGGGUCCUACCCGGAGUGUCCCCAUCCUACAAUGGGCCGGGGGAGAGCGGCUCAACCCGGGGAAUGUGCAGAGGGCCGCGGAUAGGACCGAUCGCACCGAGUCCAUGAGGCCCCGGUGUCUGACAGCCAGCCGCGCACUGUGCGUAAAAGUCCCGGGAGCAGACAGGACGGGCCUCCGCGGAGCUGCGCUGUAAAUGUUGAGAUCCAGCCCCGGUCGGGCAUCGUGGUAGUGAUUUGAAUUCUUCACGAUCCCGCCGGGCGGAUGGAGUGAAUUGUGCCAAAAGGGAGAGAGGGACAGAGGGACAGUUCGGCUGCGUGUGAUGAUAGGAGACACAAUGACGCUCUUGUCUCUUCUGGGUCGGAUCAUGCGCUAUUUCCUCCUCAGGCCUGAGACGCUGUUCCUGCUCUGCAUCAGUCUGGCGCUGUGGAGCUACUUCUUCCACACGGACGAGGUGAAGACCAUCGUCAAGUCCAGCCGGGAUGCCGUGAAGAUGGUGAAGGGGAAAGUGGCGGAGAUGAUGCAGAACGACCGGCUUGGAGGCCUCAGCAUCCUGGACGCCGAGUUCUCCAAGACCUGGGACUUCAAGAACAACAACGUGGCCGUGUACUCCAUCCAGGGCCGCAGGGACCACAUGGAGGACAGGUUCGAGGUGCUCACCGACAUCGCCAACAAGAGCCACCCGUCGAUCUUCGGGAUUUUUGACGGCCACGGUGGAGAGGCUGCAGCUGACUAUGUGAAGGCCCACCUGCCCGACUCCCUGAAGCAGCAGCUGCAGGCCUUCGAGAAGGAGAGGAGGGACAGCGCCGCGACUUACGGCAGCAUCCUGGAGCAACGCAUCCUGUCCGUGGAUCGGGAGAUUCUGGACAAGCUCUCUGUCAACCACGACGAAGCAGGAACAACGUGUCUGGUGGCGCUGCUGUCGGACAGGGAACUCACGGUGGCCAACGUUGGAGACUCUCGCGGCGUGCUGUGCGACAAAGACGGGAACGCUGUUGCACUUUCACAUGAUCACAAACCCUAUCAGCUCAAAGAACGCAAGAGGAUCAAGAGGGCAGGAGGUUUCAUCAGUUUCAACGGCUCCUGGAGAGUGCAGGGAAUCCUGGCGAUGUCCCGCUCUCUCGGGGACUACCCACUGAAAAACCUCAACGUGGUCAUCCCCGACCCGGACGUCAUGACCUUUGACCUGGACAAACUGCAGCCGGAGUUCAUGAUCCUGGCCUCCGACGGCCUGUGGGACGCCUUCAGCAACGAGGAGGCCGUCCGGUUCGUCCGCGAGCGCCUGGACGAGCCUCACUUCGGCGCCAAGAGCAUCGUCCUUCAGUCCUUCUACCGCGGCUGCCCCAACAUUACCGUCAUGGUGGUGAAAUUCAAGAGUGGAGCCGGCAAGAGCAGCAAGAAGGGGCAGUAGGUUGAGUCUAGAGCUCACGUUGCAAUCAGUGUUUUCUGUUACUUUUUUUUUUUCCCUCUCAUCUUUGGAGCAGCAACAUCAGAAGAAGACACUGAGGACUGGACUUUUAUCAAGUGCACACACACACACACACACACACACACACA